ACUGCUGACCACUCAACUCCUUUUCAUACCUCUCUUUCUCUUUCUCUCUCAAACUUUCCUCCUCUAGGUGAAGUUGAAGUUCAUUUUCAUCUUCUUUAACUUUUUUGCUUUAAUUUUUUGCAUUAAUCUUUUCUGAAACCUCCAUUAAAAUCCACCAGAGCAGGUGAUUUCUGCAUUUAACUGUGUGGAGUUCAUCAGUUCUUGGAUAGUUGUUUGGUAGAAGUUCAAUGGGUAACCUCAAGCUAGGAGUUGAUGUAGUGGGUGCUCAUGAUCUUAUGCCAAAAGAUGGGCAGGGCUCAGUCAGUGCUUUUGUAGAGCUUCACUUCAAUAAUCAAAGAGUCUGUACCACGACUAAGGAGAAGGACCUCAAUCCUGUUUGGAACGAGAGCUUCUACUUCAACGUAUCGGAUCCGAAAAGUCUGUCUAGCCUUGCUCUUGAGGCGUUUAUCUUUUCGAAUCCGAAAGCCAGCAUCAACUCCAAGCCUUCCUUUCUAGGAAAAGUUCGUCUUACUGGGUCCUCGUUUGUCCCUUAUGCCGAGGCUGCUGUUUUUCACUAUCCUCUGGAGAAACGAGGCAUUUUCUCACGAAUCAAAGGAGAGCUUGGCCUUAAGGUCUAUGUAACUGAUGAUCCUUCUAUUAAGCUUUCGAAUUUACUUCCUGCAGUUGAUUCUUCUGUGGAAAAGGAUCCUCCUCCUGUUCCAAUCACAUCUGAACACCAAUCAACAGUAAGAAGAGUUCCAAAGUUUAUAGCGAGUCUAUUUUCUACUGACAAAACCGAAUCGAGACAGACAUUCCAUCACCUUCCGAAUGCGAAGCAGCCUCAGCAGGAGCACCAGCAUCAUACUGUAUCACCAGUUAGUGCGCCAUCUGUGAUUGAUGGAAAAUAUGGUAUGACUUCUGAGCUAAUGGCUGCAAAUGCUGGUCACAUGUACCCUGGAUCAUCAUUUCCAUAUGAUGAUUAUUCAGUUAGAGAGACGAGUCCUUACCUCGGCGGUGGGAUGAUUGGUCGUUUUGCUCUUGGAGACAGACCUACAAGCACCUAUGACCUUGUAGAAAAGAUUCAUUAUCUUUUUGUUCGAGUUGUGAAAGCCCGUGAUCUUCCUACCAAGGAUUUAACGGGAGGCUUGGAUCCUUAUGUUCAAGUGAAACUAGGGAACUUCAAGGGAACAACUAAGCAUUAUGAGAAAAAUUCAAGUCCUGAAUGGAAUGAGGUAUUUGCCUUCGCAAGGAUGGAUGUGCAAUCAACAGUGCUGGAAGUUUCUCUUAAAGACAAAGAUACGUUAAAAGAUGAUUGUGUUGGACGUUUGUACAUUGAUCUUCAUGAAGUUCCUACUCGAGUUCCACCGGAUAGUCCAUUGGCUCCAGAAUGGUAUCGUCUCGAAGACAAGAAUAGAUCAAAGAAAAAGGGAGAAUUAAUGCUUGCUGUAUGGUAUGGCACACAAGCUGACGAGGCUUUUCCAGAUGCCUGGCAUUCAGAUGCUCUCUCUCCCGAUGGCACUUCGGUUAUCCCAGUGCAUACUCGCUCAAAAGUUUAUCAAUCACCGAGAUUGUGGUAUGUCCGAGUCAAUGUUGUUGAAGCUCAAGAUUUGGUUUUACAAGAAAAUUCACGUUUCCCUGAUGCCUAUGUGAGGGUUCAAAUUGGCAGCCAAAUUUUAAGAACAAAAGCCGUGCAAACUCGAACAAUGAAUGCCUUGUGGAAUGAAGAUCUUAUGUUUGUUGCAGCUGAACCCUUUGAUGAUCAUUUGAUCCUUUCGGUUGAAGACCGUGUUGGCCCCAACAAAGAUGAAACGCUAGGGAGGGUUGUUAUUCCACUGAUUUCUGUCGAAAAGCGUGCUGAUGCUCGACCAAUCCACAGCCGAUGGUACAAUCUUAUGAAGUCUGAGUCAGAUGCCGUGGAAGAAGGGGAGGGAAAGAAAGAAAAGGAUAGGUUCCAUAGUAGAAUCCAUCUUCGCAUUUGCCUGGAGGGUGGAUAUCAUGUGCUGGAUGAGUCAACUCAAUAUAGUAGUGACCUUAGACCCUCAUUGAAGCCACUUUGGAAGCCACCAAUUGGGAUAUUGGAGCUUGGCAUCCUGGGCGCUGAUGGACUUCACCCAAUGAAAACUAGGAACGGAAAGGGUACAACUGAUGCAUUUUGUGUAGCAAAGUAUGGCCAGAAAUGGGUCCGAACUCGAACAAUAAUCAACAACUUGAGUCCAAAGUACAAUGAGCAGUACCAUUGGGAGGUUUUUGAUCCUGCCACAGUCCUAACCGUGUGUCUUUUUGAUAAUGGUCACAUUGGUGAAUCCAACAAUAACAAAGACAUGAAAAUUGGGAAGAUUCGAAUCCGUAUUUCGACUCUUGAAACUGGUCGCAUAUACACACAUGUGUAUCCAUUACUUGUUCUUCAGCCUUCUGGUGUCAAGAAGAUGGGUGAACUGCACCUUGCCCUGCGAUUUAUAUGUCCAUCGGUAGCAAAUUUGAUGUUUAUGUACUCAAAACCCCCAUUGCCAAAAAUGCAUUACAUAAGGCCAUUGUCUGUGGUUCAGCAGGAAGCGCUGCGACAUCACGCAGUUAACAUAAUAGCAGCUCGACUUAGCCGAGCAGAACCUGCCCUUGGAAAAGAGGUAGUUGAGUACAUGUCUGAUGUAAACUCCCAUCUUUGGAGCAUGAGGAGAAGCAAGGCUAACUUCUUCAGGAUCGUAUCGGUUUUUUCGGGACUAUUCAUGAUCGGAAAAUGGUUUGGAGAAGUGUGCAUGUGGAAAAACCCCAUUACUACAGGACUUGUUCAUCUUCUGUUUGUGAUGCUAGUUUGUUAUCCAGAGCUGAUCUUCCCCACAAUUUUCCUCUACAUGUGUCUUGUAGGAAUUUGGAACUGGCGGUACCGCGCUCGGAACCCUCCACACAUGGACACAAAAAUCUCUUAUGCAGAGGCAGUGAGCCCCGAUGAGCUCGACGAAGAAUUCGACUCGUUUCCAACGAGUAAAAACGCAGACAUAGUCCGAAUGAGGUAUGAUCGGAUGAGAAGUUUAGCAGGCAGAAUCCAGUCGGUGGUCGGGGACGUAGCUACUCAAGGGGAGCGAAUUCAGGCGCUGUUAAACUGGCGAGAUCCUCGUGCAACAACCAUAUACAUAAUAUUCUGCUUCAUUGCUGCUCUAGUGUUUUAUGUAACGCCUUUUCAGAUGCUAUCCCUUGUGACCGGUUUCUAUGUGAUGAGGCAUCCCAGGUUCAGGAACAGAAUGCCAUCGGCGCCAAUGAACUUCUUCCGCAGGCUGCCUGCUAGGACGGAUAGUAUGUUGUAAUCUGAGCUGCUGCAGUGAUGAUGUCUUGAUAAUCAUUAUGUUGUGUUCUUCAUUUGGGUUGUGCUACGUUCUGUAUGGAGUUUUGAUGGUAAAUAAUGACUUAUGGUUUGACUUAAAAUGCAUAUUAGGAUUCAAUCAACAAGAAGUUGGCACGUGGA